UUUGGCGACAAGAUUUUCGAGGGAUCUCCAUGAGCGUGCAGGACUGACAUGAAUUACUUGGACGUGGCUCCGUUAUUGUCUGCGCUCACUGCAGUACUCUUUUUGGCUGUAACUUGAAAAAAGGAGAACGAUUUCUUCGGAGGGAGGACAUGGACAAGGAGCUCUAAAACAGGAUUUUUACCCUUCAAAUCUGGAGGUGCUGGAAGUAAAUGACAUUCACCCUGUUUCAGUUCUAUGGUCAUAGAUGCAGAACUAAACCGGAUUGCAUAUCCAGGUCCAGGUGCGCUUUGGAGUCGGCGGCUGCGCGGAGACACUGGGCUAGUGGAUUAGGACGGUACCUGUGUGUGGAACGCGCGUCAUGCGGACUCGGAUGUCGCGCACUAGAAGCCAUUAAAACCUGUAGGCUGGAGCUGACAGAUAAGCGGAUAUGGGCUCUGCUCUGCGGCGUCGCUGGCUAGUGGUCCAACUCCUGAUGCAGGUUUGGCUGGCGGCAAAUCCAUCAUUGAGUGAGCGCCCAUGCCCCAAGAGCUGUCGCUGUGAUGGGAAAAUUGUCUACUGUGAGUCUAGCGCCUUUCGCGAUGUCCCCAAGAAUCUCUCAGGAGGCUGUGAAGGCUUGUCCUUACGCUACAACAGCCUCGCUAGUCUACGAGCAGGCCAGUUUGUUGGUCUCAACCAUCUCAUCUGGCUCUACUUGGACCACAACUACAUUGCCUCUGUGGAUGGGAUGGCAUUUCAGGGCGUCCGCAGGCUCAAAGAGCUGAUCCUGAGUUCAAACAAGAUCACCUCGCUCCACAACACCACAUUCCACCCUGUCCCUAAUUUAAGAAAUCUGGACUUGUCGUACAACAAACUGCAAGCGUUGCAGCCUGGACAGUUCCAGGGUCUUAGGAAACUUCUCAGCCUUCACAUACGCUCAAACUCACUAAAGACCAUCCCAAUGCGCCUGUUCCAAGAUUGUAGAAAUCUUGAAUUCCUGGAUCUGGGUUACAACCGCUUGCGCAGUAUCACUCGGAAUGCAUUUUCAGGCCUAGUCAAGCUCACUGAGCUGCAUCUGGAGCAUAAUCAGUUCUCAAAGAUUAAUUUCUCUCACUUUCCCCGCCUGUACAAUCUGCGUUCACUUUACCUGCAGUGGAAUCGCAUUCGUUCAAUGAGCCAGGGUCUGACUUGGACCUGGGCCUCUAUCCAGAAACUGGAUCUGUCUGGGAACGAUCUUACAGAAGUGGAUGCAGUAGUAUACCAGUGCUUACCCAACUUGCAGACCCUCAAUCUCGACUCCAACAAGCUGACCAACGUCUCCCAAGAGGUGGUUGAUGCCUGGAUCUCCUUGACUACAAUAAGCUUAGCUGGGAAUGUAUGGGAUUGUGGCCCUGCUAUCUGCCCUCUGGUUGGCUGGCUGAGAAACUUCAGAGGAGCAAAGGAAACCACCAUGAUCUGUGCCUCCCCCAAGAAAGCCCAAGGGGAGAAAGUUCUGGAUGCUGUUGAAGCUUUUGGUGUGUGUCAAUCAAAUGCAGCGACAACACUCACUGUGAGCAUUCCUCCAACCCCAUCAAGUGUCCCUAUCCCGGAACGUAACCCAGCCAUUCUGUCUGUACCUACUGGGUCUGGAAAAAGAGGAGAGGGAUCCAUCAGAGACCCCACAUCAGCCGUUACCCCUCCUGUGGCACUACCCCCAGAACAAGACUUGGAGCCUGUGUCCUUCCAUAAGAUUGUAGCUGGAAGUGUUGCCCUUUUUCUAUCUGUUGCAAUGAUCCUGUUGGUGAUCUACGUGUCUUGGAAGCGCUACCCGAGCAGUGUCAAGCAGCUGCAGGAGCAUUCGGCAGCAGCUCGCAAACGCCGCAAGAAAGCAAGAGAGACCGAACGCACCCUAAGCUCUCCGCUGCAGGAGUACUAUGUGGACUACAAGCCCACCAAUUCCGAGGCCAUGGAUGUGCUUGUCAAUGGAACCGGACCAUGCACCUAUACAAUCUCAGGCUCCCGAGAAUGCGAGGUCCCCCACCAGUUGGGCGCGCUGACCUUCUACCGCUAUGAACAGCCCAUCGUAGAUUACUGCCAGGCACAUCAGCCCCUGCGGCUCAACAUGGGCUAUGAAGGGCCUCCACAGGGCCUGGAGGGACUAGAGGACCUGGGGCCGUGUGAUAGGGGCACUAUACAGACUGUGGCACUGCCCGCUGUGCCCUCUGCUGCCAGCAUAGGUGCCCCUGUGCCAGGGCCUCGCUCUCCGCCGCCACCACCCCUCAGACCACCGUCUGAGGGUCCCAGCGGUGGUCCUUACCCUACUAUCGAGCGCACAGGCACACUGAAAUUUGGACGCUAGCGAGCUGAGCCUGGAUGUUCCAAGUCGGGCAAGGGCCUCUUAUUCACCAUGACUUUGAAAUGAGGGGGCAGGCGAGCCGGCUAUUCAUUGGGGCCUUGUUUUCAGAACAUGAGUCUGAGAACAAAAAGACAAAAUACUUCAAUUCUGCCUGGAAGGAUCUGCUAUCUGGAACAGACAGUCCCACUAAGACACAGUACAGUGGGAGACAUCCACUUCAGAUGAUUAUUUUUCCCAAUGCACCGCAUCACAAAAACUCCUUACUAAUGAAUCAUGGGAAGAAAUUAAGCAUAUGACAAAAAGGUUUUAUCUUAUUUCCUAAUCAGUUUUUGCUAUAUCCUAUGACAUGAACAUGGGGCACGUGUUCACAGCAAAAAUAUCAGGAGUGGAAGGGAAAGUGCAAUAAUCACUAUCUUGAUGACAAACAAUGACAUGAGAUUGAGCAACAUGAAGAGCAAGGGGCAUCAUACUGUGAUUAUUAUCUAAAUAUCUAUUCAGUUGUUUUUAUCAAUCAGUAUUUCAGAAAAGAUGACAGAAUCUAUCUCUUUUUUUGCUCCAUAUUUUCAGAUGUGGGAUCUGGAUUCCAUUAAUGUGCAUGUCAAACCAAAGAGUUUACUUAUAUAUUUUUUUUUCUUUAAAUGCACAUAAGCUGCUCUAGUUGAGGGCAUUCUUAAAAUGCCUGAAAGUCCUGUAAACUAACCUCUCCAAUCUCACACACACAGCCAAAUCCCCUUGAGGAUCCAGAUGAACUUGUCUUAUCUUCAUAGAUUAGCAAAGUAAUCAUGAGAUACAUGCAAGUAACGUCGGGAAGCAGAAUUUUGAAGAUAUUUUUCAUGAUUAUGUAAUUUAACAGAUCCACCCAGCAUCAGCUCAAAUGGUGUUCAUCAGCUUAAACAAAAACCAUAGGGACACUUUAAAGGAGACACUAUAGGAUGGGUUUCAUUUAUUUCCUAAACAUGCAGAGGCCCUUUCAACUGAAGAAUAGCAGCUCUUUGUAUACGAUUAUAUCCCAGCUGAAUGAUCCACUAUGCUUUAAAGAGGUUCACAUGAGGAAUUAAUGUGGUAAAACAUAAGAAUGCAAAGUAUUGUACAUAGUCCUAAAAAGGUCCAGUUGACUGAUGGUCCGACCACUGCCCCAGUUAAUUGGAAACGUUGUUGAAUCAGUGUCAGACUUCUUUUCACAUUGGACAACUGGGAAUGCACCAUGGAUUGGGAAAGAUGUGGCAAUGUACUCCCUUCCCCCACAGAGAACGACAGUGCCUGGUGGUGGCAAGUCGAACCAGCACGUUGGCUUUUCUUUGACCUGCGCAUGAACCCACACGCUGUACUGGGAAUACUGCUGACUCCUCUUUAUUUGUCCAGAAAGUGUUUCUGCAGUGCAGGACUUUAUUGCACUGGGUAACCCCGUGGCCACCAUGUCAAGCACCACUUCUUACUGACUUAUGGAGCAGAAGAGGACCUCAGACGAGGCCGUGGUGGCCUGUCAAGUAUCACCUUCAGCUUAAUCCAAGCAGAGCUCCUGGGUCAGUUUGGAACAUGUCAGUGGUCAUACUCCUGGGAGUUGUGGAAACCAUGCCCGGUCCUCCAGUAGGACGAGGACAAAUAAAACUGUAAUGGGCCCAAAUUUGCUACAAAAGUGGGUGUAUGCUCAAAAAAAGACAAAGAUAGGGAAUCUUUGUUACAUUUGUUUAGUAUUUUGUUGUUUUGGCUUGGGGCAUAAGAGACGUUUGUUCAAAGAUGAUGUCAAGAAAUUCUAUGAGACUAAUCCAUGGACAGAAUCAAAUAGAACUUAUUUAUGAUGUAUAUAGUGAAUCUUUAAGGAAGAAAAAGUAUGAACUUUACUUCUUCUGAAACACAAACUGCUUGUGAACAGAAGAGGAGCCUUACACACUUUCCAGUGGGAAUCUGUUACCCUAAUGACUCGGUGAUGAGGUUCCUACUGUAACGCUCCUGUUGUUUCAAUGAUAAAUAUUUUUCUAUCUGCUCCCGAUACUAUUCUACCAUUUAACACAAACUACUCAGUUUCCCCCCUAGAAAUCCAAUCAUUCUACCUACAUGGAGAAGGGAAGAUUGGGAGCCCCAUUGUUAGAGCGUCAAACUUCAUAAACAUCCGUAGUUUCAGUUCUGACUGAAGGGCAUCUUGCAGGAGGUGGCCAAAUAUGUCGUCAUCCCGCCCCACUCCUCUUGUUCAAGAGUUUCAACCCUACCUACCAUUUCUAGGUCCACUCGAGGAGAAGCUUUUCUUUAUACCAAGAGUUUAACUUGUGAAGGAUGUUCUUUUUGAUGUGCCAUUAUUUUGUUAAGUGUUUUACCAAAAAGACAACCCCAAAAUAACAAAUGACCCAAAAGUCUCCAUGGUUUCACGACGAAGAAGGGUUCAGUCCCCUUCAUGUACAGAACAAUGCAUAAAAAGCAGUUGAUUCGCUCAGUACGGUUGCUUAAUAGUGCUGGUGGAGUUUACUUUGUAAUAGCAGCUGUGCCAAUGUCUUUAUAAUGGGAGUUCUCUCAAUUCUAUCCAUGUAUUGUCUUGCCUUGCUCUAUAUCACCCCUGCUAACUCCUUGGCCUGAAUUUCAUGUCUGCCUCUUGGUGACUCGGGUGAACCUGUUUAAUGAUGUUCUAUUUCUGUCUGCAUGCUGAUAUUUUGGGAAACUAUGCCCAGUUAGGGAGAAGCGCUGAACCAGAGACAAACAGUUAAAGGUUAUUUCCUGUCUGGAGUGCCCUAGAACCAGCAGCACGUGUCAUGGACACUGUUCUCAAGCCUACUUGUUUUCGCAACCCAUCCUGACCCUGCCUAAACUAAAGCAGACUUCCCUGACACUAUAUAUGCUUUUACAUGAAGUAAGAGACGUGUUGGGCACUCCAGGGACACUUUCCCUUUUAUAGGCUCCUGCAAAAACCUGGUACCCCAUAUGCAGUAAUUACCUCACUUUUCUAAGGAGUAAUAAUGGUUCAGUUCAGUCUUAACCCAAUGAUCAAAGCUUUUUGCCCUUCAUGUGUAAUUAGAAAGUGCAAAUAAAAUCUCUAAAAGUUCACAAUCAAAUCAAUUGCUAAUCAGUAAAUGAUACAUCAUGACUAUGUUCCUGAUAAAAUUGGACAUGUUUAGCGGAAUGUUCAAAUCCUGCUGCCAGUAAUUGUUUAGUCUUUUGUCCAUUUCUUUUGCCAUCAGAGAGCUGCAAGCACAGGUACUGCAUGCUAAUGAUGCUUGUUUGAGCUAAACUCCAGGACCGUCUGCACUAGCACCGCAAUGCCGACAGGCUUUAUUUUCUCUUCUGCUUUGUUUGUUUAUGCUUUCGUUCACCCAGAGCUCCCCAACCCCCCUACAGUCUUUGAGUCCAGGCUCAAGUCCCCACUGGGAACAUUUCUCUUAUUUUCCUCGUCUCUUUUUGGCUUCGGGUGGGGUGAAUGAAGGUCUGAAGAAUUGCAGAGAAAACUUUCAUAUUUCAGUAUUAAUGCACAGAGGAAAAGCUAAAUGCAAAUCUCCGAGGGGGGAGAGGGAAAGGAGAGAAGACAGAAGGGGGAGCCAGAGACGCUGUACAAUUGGGAGGAUAUAGAGGGACAAAUGGAUAAACGCAAGGACAUUUUUUUUAUGUUACAAAGGAAGCUUUCUGAUGUUUUUACAUAUCAGCUGUAGAUCUAAAAAGACACCAGCAUAUUCUCACUCCAAAGUGGUCAAAUACAAAGGCUUGGUUAGUGGUCGAACAUGUAUAAUUAUGAGACUUAAGUAACCCUUUACUGCAUUGCUUGUGCAUUAUUAUUGUUCAUUAAAAUGGACAUGUCUCCAUGGUCUUCUUCCAGAUCGUCUCUGCGACGGGCUCAAAAAAAUGCAUAAUGAUGUAAUCUGGAGCCGAGACAUGCAUACAAGGGAGCCAAAGUAGAACUGGCUUACCACAAAACACAUCAAUGAAAGGUCAAAGAUCCCUUAGGUUGUUCAAGAACACAGCAGAACAGACUCUUGCAUCAGUUUCAAGAAGAAGCCGGUGGUUAUCAAUCAUUUUAUGACUGUUUUUCUUACAUUUCUCCGCUACUCUGCUA